CCGACCAUCCAGAUAUUACCUCCUUCAAGAAGCCCUCCCUUUGGGGAGGUAGCCCCGCCCUUUGGGAGCACAAAACCCUUUUUGCUCCCAAAGCCCUACGGCUUUAUCAUGUGCUGAUGCUACUCUCUGCUUGUUCGCUGGCCGAGCAGGCGGGUGAACACUUUGCAGGAGGGGGCUUUGUCAUAAUCUUCUUUGUAGUCCCAGCCCUAGCUCAGCAGCGGAGCCCCUCAAACCUCGGGAACUCCUCCCUGCAAAGGAGCCAGGACGCCCUCCCUCAGGCUGCCUUUAACCAGGGCAGAGUGACAGAGGAUCUCCACAGAGUUAGCGGUCACUGCCUUAGCAGUUAGGCCUCGGGGCCCGGGCAGGCACAGCUGGCGGGACUCGGCGCAGGCUGGCGCUGGCGCUGGCGCUUGUGUAGCCGCCUCACAGCUGCAGGCGGACUGUAAGCGCGCGCGCGGUCGCCAUGGCAGCGCAGCCGCCGCGGCCAGUGGGUGAGAGGAGCAUGGGGAGCCCCCGGGAGGCCGACCGUGCGCCGGCCAGGUCCCCGGCUUGGGCCCCCACUCAGGCCCGUACUCUGGGCGCGGCCCUGGUGGGCCAGCGCGAAUCUCCAGAAUCUGGUCUCCAGGAACAUUAUUCUAAUCUGUGUAUGGAAAAAUCCCAGAAAAUUAAUCCUUUUAUAUUGCGUAUACUCCAAGAAGUGGAUGAAGAAAUUAAAAAGGGGCUAGCAGCAGGAAUCACAUUAAACAUUGCUGGUAACAAUCGCUUAGUGCCAGUAGAAAGAGUUACAGGUGAAGAUUUUUGGAUUCUUUCCAGAAUUUUAAAGAAUUGUCUGUAUAUUAAUGCUCUAUUCAUCUGUGCUUCAGGUUUGGAUGUUGGAUAUAACCUUCUAAGUGAUGUUGGUGCAUACUAUGCUGCGAAACUGGUUCAGAAACAACUCAAUCUCAUUUACUUAAACCUCAUGUUUAAUGAUAUUGGGCCUGAAGGUGGAGAAUUGAUUGCUAAAGUGCUACAUAAGAAUCAGACUCUGAAAUACCUAAGAAUGACUGGAAACAAAAUUGAAAAUAAAGGUGGAAUGUUUUUUGCUGCAAUGCUGCAAAUUAAUUCAUCGUUAGAGAAAUUAGAUCUGGGUGACUGUGACCUGGGAAUGCAAAGUGUGAUAGCAUUUGCUACAGUACUAACUCGAAACCAAGCAAUUAAGGCAAUAAACCUAAACCGACCUAUACUGUAUGGUGAACAGGAAGAGUCCACAGUCCAUAUAGGCCGCAUGUUGAAAGAAAAUCACUGUCUUGUUGUACUACACAUGUGUAAGCAUGAUAUAAAAAACAGUGGUAUACAACAGUUAUGUGAUGCACUGUAUCUGAACAGUAGCCUGCGCUACCUUGAUGUCAGCUGCAACAAAAUAACUCAUGAUGGAAUGGUGUAUUUGGCUGAUGUACUGAAAAGCAACACUACCCUGGAAGUAAUAGAUCUUUCCUUUAACAGAAUAGAAAAUGCAGGUGCAAACUAUCUCAGUGAAACUCUUACUUCACACAACAGGAGUCUUAAAGCGUUGUCAGUAGUCAGCAACAACAUAGAGGGAGAAGGACUUGUUGCACUUUCACAAUCAAUGAAAACAAAUCUCACAUUCUCUCAUAUCUACAUUUGGGGAAACAAAUUUGAUGAGGCUACGUGUGUAGCAUAUUCAGACUUAAUUCAAAUGGGUCGUCUAAAACCAGACAAUACAGAUGUGGAGCCAUUUGUGGUAGAUGGACGCGUAUAUCUUGCAGAAGUCUCCAAUGGUCUUAAAAAGCAUUAUUAUUGGACAUCAACUUCUGGAGAAUCUUAUGACCAUUCAUCUAAUGCAGGUUUUGCUCUUGUUCCAGUAGGUCAGCAGCCAUGAAAAAGUAGCUCUAAAAUAAUUUUCAUACAUUUGUCUUAUUAUUUCACAGAGGUUAAUAUUCUAUAGCCUAUUUGUUUUCUUUUAUAAAUUAAAACAGGUUACUUUUUUCAAAUGUGUAAAAGAUAAUAACUUCGUAUAACUGUCUAUUGUGAAAAA